AUGGCUCAAACAUCUUCAGAUCAAGAGGCUCCUCGUCCCCAAAGACGAGACAGGACGCCCCUCCCACCGGAAGUCAUGGACAUAUUGGUUCCGUCCUUGAAGGUCGGAUCAGCUGCCGGGGCGCUUGGUCUCUUUACUGGAGCGGCUGCUGGCAUCGUUCGGUCAAAUACACCGCUGUUGUUCUCACUUGCAAGUGGUAUCCAGUGGUUCACCCUUGGCUCAAGUUUUUACGCCUCUCGAAGGAUCGUCAUCACUGCCUGGGGCGGUGAUAGCAAGCUGACCCCUGCUGAUACGGUGAAAGCAAGUGCUCUCGCUGGAGGGUUCUCCGGCUUUGCCGGCGGUCUCGUCCGAGGACCCAAGAACAUCGUCCCAGGUGUCAUCAUGUUCACUUUAUUCGGUGCAGCCGGUCAGAUGGUGGCGAAUUCCAUGCCAGCCAAGGAUACCUCCAAGCCCAAGGCCAGCUGGCUGGCUUCUAAAUGGAGUCCGGUCACCCCAUUAAGUGAUGAGCAGUAUGAGAAGAUGCUCGAAGAGAAGAUUCUCAAGUUUGAGGUGGAGAUAGCCUUGAUCGAUGACAACAUUGCCGCCCUGAGACAGUCCGCAUCACUGCCGGAGCCAUCAGAGCGAAAGUCAUAA